AUGACGGAUGCUGAAGGUCGUUACAUAACCUCCGUUAUAAUCGGAACACUACUCACAGAUUGGCCAGGUGAAAUUUUUUUAUUAAAUGUCAAGCAAUUAGAAAAGGAGUGCUCAAAAAAAUUUCAAGCACCACAUAUUAAAGGUAACUUGGCUUUUAUAAAAUCAAACUUUGAGUGCCUACCUAUGGCUAUAGCACGUCUUCAAAAACAAAGCAUAGCAUUAAUAGAAACGAUACAAAUUAUUGAAGAUGUUUCAGUCAAGUUCAAUAAUUUAAAAGGCCAGAUUGGAAUCAAAAUUAAUGAGAAAUUACAAACAGUUCUAACUAAAAAUAAAGGAUUUCAAAGUGUUUGCAAUAUUUUAAAAAUAUUAAAUGGAGAAGAAAACGUUGGUUGUUUAUAUAUACCUGAAGACUUAACAAGUAAUGAUAUGGCAUAUUUUAAGUAUACCUCUACUACGUCAGCUGAUAUAGAGCGUUCAUUUUCAUACUACAAAAACCUCUUGGCGCCAAAUAGAUCAUUCAAGCUUGAAAAUAUAAAGAAAUCGCCGAUUGUUCAAUGCAAUUCUUAUUUUGAAGGUAAAAAAAAAAAUUAUGAGAUGCAAGAUCGAUCUAAAGUAAAUAAUGAAGAAAAUGUAAGUACUAGUAAUGAUAUUUUUGCACCUGUACAUGAUAGUAGUUCUAAGGAUUUACAAACCGAUGUUGACAAUCAUAUACAAAAAAAUAUUUUUGUUGAUGCAUUAGAUAUUGGUAACUUUAUUGACAGUUAA